GCUGACGACAGCGCGACGCUAGAACGACCCGAGACAGCGCCUGAACCGUCGGUCAGCGUCCCGUUUCCACGCGACCCAGACUUCGUCGACCGCGGAACGCUGCUUGAUCAGAUUAGCAAACGAUGCGCAGCGCCAGCAUCGCGGGUAGCGCUGGUGGGCCUCGGCGGCGUGGGGAAGUCGCAGCUAGCCAUCGAGCACUGCUACCGCACCGCCGAACAGUCGCUGGACACGUGGGUGUUCUGGGCGCAUGCGAGCAACACCGGGCGACUCGAGCAGAGCUUCCGGGAGAUCGCCGACCAGGUCAGGGCUCGCGGCCGCAAGGACCCGCAAGCAGACGUGUUUAAGCUAGUGUACGACUGGCUGCGCGAUGCGAAGAACGGACGGUGGCUAUUAGUACUCGACAAUGCAGAUGAUGCUGCUACAGUCUCUCCGACAGAGGGCAGCAGUGGUCUCCAGCAGCAUCUAUCGAGGUAUCUGCCUUUCAGCAGGCACGGCACCGUCCUUGUGACGAGUCGGACAAAGCACGCAGCGAAGCAGAUUGUGGAGGACAGUGACAUUAUACUAAUCGAGCCAAUGCACGAUGCAGCUGCAUAUGCUCUGCUCCGUAAAAAGCUAAGGGACAUAGACGAUAAAGACGAAAAUAUCGCUACGCUAGCUAUAAUGCUCGAUCGUAUGCCGCUUGCUCUCGUGCAGGCUGCAGCAUAUAUUCGAGAGCGAGCACCACGGUGCUCAGUGCGGCAGUACCUCGAGGAGUACCGGCAGAGCGAUCGCAGAAAGACGAGUCUGCUAAACCGGGAGGCGGAUCACCUUCGCCGAGAUAAAGCAGCCAGCAACUCUGUCUUAGUAACGUGGCAGAUCUCAUUCGAACACAUACAGAGCACAAGACAGUCAGCAGCAGGCCUGCUGUCGCUGAUGAGCUUCUUUGACCGACAGGGGAUCCAGGAAGCUCUACUCCACCAACAGAGCAGCAUAGCAGACGACGGAUUUGAAGAAGACGUGCUAGUCCUGCGAGACUACUCGCUUAUCACGGUGACUAGAGAUGCAGACACAUUUGAGAUGCAUAGCCUAGUGCAGCUAGCGACGCGCACAUGGCUCGAAAACGAAGGGCAGUUGGCCAAGUGGAGGGAGCAAUUUAUCUCUAGCCUGUGUGCAGCGCUGCCGACUGGAGAGUACGAAAACUGGGAGAAGUGCCAAGCGCUAUUUCCACACGCACGAGCGGCACUAGCACAGAGGCCUGAGAGUAAAGAGUCACGAAAGGAGUGGGCGUUGUUGCUAUAUAGGGCGGCAUGGUACGCGUUGCGACGGGGGAGAGCAGGUGAGGCAGAGGAGAUGGCGACGAUGUCGAUGUCGGUUAGGAGUGAAGAGCUUGGGGAAGAAGAUGUGAGAACGGUAGAGAGCAUGGGGAUGGUGGGACUAGCUAGACUGCUUGGAGGUAAGCACAAAGAGGCAGAGGCGAUACUUAGGCAGACGCUAGCCCGGAUGGAAAAGAUGUUCGGGUAUGGACAUCGACACACGCUGUCGAGCAUGAACAACUUGGCGACAGUGCAAGCUAGCCAGGGCAAGUAUAAAGAGGCAGAGGUGAUGCAUAGGCAGACGCUGGCGUUAAUGGAGAAGGUGGAGCAUCCAGACACGCUAUCAUGCAUGAGCAACUUGGCACACGCACUAGAAAACCUGGACAGGUACGAGGAGGCAGAGGUGAUAUAUCAACAGACGCUGGCGCGGAGCGAGGAGGUAUUCGGGCGUGAGCAUCCAGAAACGCUAAUGAGUAUGCACAACUUGGCACACGUACUAGACAACCUGGGGAGGUACAAGGAGGCAGAGACGAUAGACCAGCAGGCGCUGGCGUUAAUGGAGAAGGUGCUUGGGCAUGAGCAUCCAUACACGUUAGUAAGCAUGCAAACCUUAGCAAACGUGCUGAGCAGCCAGGGCAAGUACGAGGAGGCAGAGGUGAUAAACCGACAGGCGCUGGCGCGGAGAGAGAAGCUGAUGGGGCAUGAGCAUCCAGCAACGCUGAUGAAUAUGCAAAGCUUAGCACACGUACUAGAUAGGCAGGGCAAGUACGAGGAGGCAGAGGCGAUGAAUCGACAGGCGCUGGCGCGGAAGGAGAAGGUGCUUGGACAUGAGCAUCCAUACACGAUAAUAACUAUGGGCAACCUAGUAGGAGUACUAGAUAGGCAGGGCAAGUACGAGGAGGCAGAGGUGAUGAAUCGACAGACGCUGGCGCGGAGGGAAAAGGUGCUUGGGCAUGAGCAUCCAGACACGCUAAUGAGUAUGCAAAGCUUAGUACUACUACUAGCUAGGCAGAGCAAGUAUGCAGAGGCAGAGGCGAUAAAUCGACAGACGCUGGCGCGGAGAGAGAAGGUCCUCGGGCAUGAGCACCUAUCCACGCUGACGAGCGUAUACUGCCUUGCCAAUCUUCUUACACAUCAGCGUUGCUACAACGAAGCCCUUGCUCUAUACAAGAGAGCAUGCACUGGGUACGAAGCUACGCUUGGGAAGGCUCACUCAACCACGCAUGCGUGUCACCAGCAUUACGCUGACGCGCUUGCAUCUCACAAGCAGCACCAGCUUGCUGUCCCUCCCAUAACUCCGGAUAGCAGCGCACGUGCAUACGCAGGCAAGCAGUCAAAGCUGGUACGAGGGCUAGCAAAGAUAGGCAUUAGAAGCUCAAAGUCUGUGGGGUAG